UCAACGUUAAAUAAUAACACUUGUUUUGAUUUAAUAAAAAUGACCCAUAUUUUAAAAGUAUUAAUAAGUGCUUCUGAAAAAGCAGCACGCGUUGCUAAAUCGUGUUGUGAAAACUCUGAGUCUCUACUAGUCGCUGAAAAAUGUGAAACUGAAGCGAAUACCCGUUUCGAUAAAGAUUUUAAGACAAUUGCAGAUGUUUUGGCGCAAGAAUCGGCGAAAGCGCUAAUAGUUUCACAUUUUCCAGAGCUUGCAUCUCACGUCAGAGGUGAAGAAUGUUCUGAGAUAGGCGGCAUCACUAUUGGAUUGCAAGAGGAUGUACAAAGAACCAGUGAAUUACUAAGCUGUUUAAUACCACCGGUAACCGCAAAAAGAAUGUCAGAAGCAGCACACUGCGAUAUCGACCUUAACUUAGAUCUCCCAUCUUCUCUUCCAGACCUUGAUCUUGAUAAUUUAGGAAUAUGGAUUGAUCCUAUAGAUGCUACUGCAGAAUUUAUAGCUGGUGUAAGAAAUGAAGCAAAAAUGGGUCAUGGUCUUCCAUGUGUGACGGUUUUGAUUGGAGCUUAUUUGAAGUCCACUGGAGAACCAGUAAUUGGAAUAAUAAAUCAACCAUUUUAUGAAAAUGGGAAAGGCCGGAUUAUCUGGGGUUUUAAUUAUGGGAAUGUAAGAGAGUGGUCUAAAAAUGAACAUGAUGCUUCUGAUGAGAAAGUUAUUUUAAUGAGUGGAGCCGAAAAGUCAGAUGUUAUAGAGAAGUUUAAGGCUUUAGGAUGGCUUGUAAAGUCUGUUCCUGGAGCUGGUCAUAAGCUGAUGAAAGUAGCUUUAGGUGAGGUAUCAGCAUAUAUUGUGUCACAGGGAACAACAUUCCGAUGGGAUACUUGUGGUCCACAUGCUAUUAUCUUAGCCAAAGGCGGUAAUGUACUAUCUUACAAAGACUUUUUACCAAUUACAUACAAUGAUGAUAAAGACCUUGAUUCCAAGGAAUAUUGUAAUAAACAUGGUAUUAUAGCUUACACAAAUGAAUCUUUUUUAAAUGAGCUAAAAAACAUUAUUAUUUAAAAUAUUUCAAUAUAACUUUACUUAUUUUUGAAUUUUUUGUGUCUACUAGUAUAACCAAAACUGUGAUUGUUGCGGAAUCUCUACCAAUUAAUAAUAUAAUUAUUAAAUCUACAACCAUGUUUUAUCAGAAAGUAUGUUACAAUCAUAAUUAUGUAUUUAUUAACAUUUGAUAAGAUAACAAUGUAUUUUUAAUAUUGCUUCUCAAUAGAAGCUAAGAGUUAUUUUAUUAUCUUUCAUGUACCUGAAUCUUUGAUCUCAUUAAAUACUAA